GUAAAAUAUUGAAAUAUGUAGUUCAAGAUAAACUGCAAAGAAGUGCACACAUGAAAAAAAAAUUUGUCAAAAUAGAUAAGACAGUGAAAAAUGUUGGAAAAUAAUAAAAAACGGGAAGAAUUUCAAAAAGGCGUAUUAAUAAAGAAAAAUUUCAAAACAAAUAACCAACCAAGUAUAAUUAUUCUCGGUGCAGGUGCUUCGGGUAUAGCCGCUGCAACAAAACUUUUUCAAAAUGGAUUUCAAAAUAUCAAAAUUCUGGAAGCUGAAAAUCGAAUUGGUGGACGAAUUCACACUACUAAAUUCAACGAUUAUUUAGUGGACAUUGGAUGUCAAUGGGUAAAUGGAGAAGAGGGAAAUAUUGUUUACGAAUUAGCUUGGCCUCUUGGAGUAUUGGGAAAAGGUAGAGGAUGGUCAUCGGAAUAUCAUGAAGAAAUAUUCGAUUCCUCAGGAAAUAUUGUUGAUAAAUCAGAGAUAAAUGAUCUUAUUCAAUUUGACAAAGAAGUUGAAAGAAAAUUGGAAGAAUAUGUUAGAAACAAUAAAAAUGCAUCCAUUGGCGUACAUUAUGAAAAUGAGCUUGAUAAAUACAUUGAAACGCAUCCAAAGUGGAAGGAUAAUAAAAAAGGAUUGAGAAAAUUAUACGAUAUGAUGACAGUAUUUAUGCAUUCUGCAGAGAGUUGGAAUGAUGUUUCUACAGUGGCUUAUAGGGAAUUUGAAACUUCACCUGGAUCCUGUUUAAUUAAUUGGAAAGAACGAGGAUGUAGUACUAUUCUUGAUAUUAUUAUGAAACGUUAUCCAAAUCCAAAAGAAGAAUUACCAAUUAUGAGUAAUACUAUAUUAAAUGCUGAAGUUUCUUCAAUUGAUUAUUCAAAUCCAAAUCGAAAAGUUACGGUAAAAACAAUGAAUAAAGAGACAUUUAUUGCAGAUUAUGUAAUUGUCACAUUUUCAGUGGGUGUGUUAAAAGAAAUACAUAAAUCUCUCUUUAAGCCUGCUUUGCCAGUAGAAAAACAAAAAGCCAUUGAGGGAAUGGCUUAUGGAAAUGUGGCAAAGAUUCUACUCUCUUUUAAUGAACCUUGGUGGCCAACUGAUGACAAAAUAAACAUUGAAUAUUCUUUGCUUUGGAAGGACAAAGAUUUAGCAAUCCUCGAAAAGGAUAAUGAGAGGAGUUGGUUACAAGGAUUAGUUGGAUUUUAUCCAGUUGAGCAUAAACCAAAAUUACUCUCCGGAUGGAUUACAGGAAAACAUUCUCGGGAUAUGGAAAAGCUAACGGAUGAGCAAGUCAAAAAUCAUUGUGUUGAAGUUUUGCAAAGAUUUUUUGGAAAAAAAUACAACGUUACUAAGCCCACUGGAAUGAUAAGAUCAAUGUGGCAUAGUAAAAAACACUUUAGAGGUACCAAUAGCUACAGAAGUCCAAAGUCGGAUCCUGAAACUUCCAAUCAUACAAAAUUGGGAGAACCUAUUGGAAAAGAAAAACCAGUCAUUUUAUUUGCCGGGGAGGCGACAAAUCCCAAGCACUUUAGUGCUCUUCACGGUGCAAUUGAAACUGGAUUUAGAGAAGCUGAUAGAAUUAUAAAACUGCAUCCAAAUGUAGUAAAUAAUUAGAAAAUUUUCGAAUAUCAUAAUUUUUUUUUAGAAAAAAAAUUCACACAAAGUGAAUAUCAAAAGUAGGGGAAGGUGGGGUAAUAGGAUCUUUUAAGUUUCAAAUACAUUUUCAAUUUCGCAGAAAUAACUCGGAAAAAUUGGACAAUCUUCCUGUAUGUCAUACGAAGAUAAACGGUUACAUUUAAAUAGUUAAAAAUUGGUUAUUUAAUUAUGUAUUGUGAUUUUAUUUGAGAUAAAAAUGUAUAGAUUUGGAUACAUGAAUAAAAAUAGAGGCACAGUUUCGUUAAAUCGA